CGGGGGGGCGGCGCUGCAGCGCGGAGCAGUCCGCGGCAGGGGGAGCCGAACGGCAGCGCCUCCUACACCUCCUUCUUCCCUCUCUCCGUGCCGCGGUGGGCUCGGCUGCGGCAGCCGGGCUGCGCUGCGCUGCUCUGCUCGGCCCUGCCGAGCGAUGGACUGGCAGGUGCUGACCAGGGAGCUGUCCCUCUACCUGGAGAGCCAGGUCCGAGUGGGACUCUUCGGCUCCGGCGUAGGCUUGUCCCUGGUGCUGGGCUUCGGCGUCGCCUACGCCUGCUACUACCUCAGCAGCAUAGCCAAGAAACCCCAGCUGGUGGCCACCAACGACAGCUUCUGCCGCUUUCUCGAGGAGUAUUGCCCUGUUGUGACAGAAACUUACUAUCCCACGAUUUGGUGCUGGGAAGGUCGGAUGCAAACACUCCUGCGUCCCUUUAUCACCUCUAGACCCCAAGUACAGUACAGGAAUGAGCUCAUUAAAACAGCAGAUGGAGGACAGAUUUCAUUGGAUUGGUUUGAUAAUAAUGACAGUUUAUAUUAUCCGGAUGCCAGCACAAGACCCACUGUCCUGUUAUUGCCUGGCCUGACAGGAACGAGCAAGGAAUCCUACAUUCUUCACAUGAUCCAUCAAAGCAAAAUGCUGGGAUAUAGAUGCGUGGUUUUUAACAAUCGGGGAAUUGCUGGUGAGGAGCUAUUGACACCAAGGACCUACUGUGCCUCUAACACAGAGGAUUUGGAGGCUGUUAUUCAUCAUGUACACAGCUUGCACCCCUCAGCUCCAUUCAUAGCAGCAGGUGUUUCAAUGGGAGGCAUGCUUCUUUUAAAUUACCUGGGCAAAACUGGCAGAGACACUCCUUUAAUGGCAGCUGCAAUUUUCUCUGCGGGUUGGAAUGUUUUUGAAUCUGUAGAAUCUCUGGAGAAGCCACUAAACUGGCUUCUUUUCAACUAUUACUUGACUACUUGUCUACAAUCCUCUAUCAGCAGGCAUCGACAAAUGUUGGAGAAAUUAUUUGAUAUGGAUCUCGUGAUGAAGGCUAGAACUGUUAGAGAAUUUGAUAAGCAGUUCACUUCAGUCAUGUUUGGCUACCGUACAAUUGACGAUUACUAUGAAGAUGCUAGCCCAUGUCGCAAGCUGAAGUCAGUAGGAAUUCCAGUGUUAUGUCUAAACUCUGUGGAUGAUGUUUUCUCACCAGGUCAUGCUAUACCAGUAGAAACUGCCAAACAAAACGCAAACAUUGCUUUGGUUCUGACUUCGUGUGGAGGCCAUAUUGGUUUCCUGGAAGGAAUAUGGCCAAGGAAGUGCACUUACAUGGACAGAGUCUUCAAGCAGUUUGUGCAAGCUAUGUUCGAGCAUGGAAAUAAAAUCUUUAGCAUGUAGAUUUGGACCACUAUUCUAGCUCAGUGUCACAUUCUGACAAGGGCAGUUAAGCUUAAUGCACAAAUUUUAACUCCUGUAAGCCAGCAAAUGGAUAAAGUCCAUUACUACAUGCAAAACUAUUUUUGCCUAAGAUUUUGUAGCAAGAGACUAAAUAUUAUGUUGUCACUUUUAUAUUUAUUUUUAAUAUGCCUUACUAAGAAUGAUCUUAAAUGAAACAGCAUUCCACAUGCAUCAAGUUGCACUUAACCGAAACCAUCAAGUAGGCAGAUUAUAAUUCCUAUGGAUUUUAAUUUAAACCAGUACAUAUUUAGGAGACUUAAUUUAGAUGGCUUUUAAUAUUGGAAUGGCAACACUCAAAAUAGCAUAUAUUAUCCUGUCAUGCAUAGCACAAGUUGGCCUGUUCCUUAGGGCACUAAUGGUGAAAAUCUUAAAAUAGGAAAACAAAAGAAGGAGGGAAAACAAAGCAGCACUGAUUCUUCAAAUAAGUAAAAAUUUCAGCAUGUUAUUCCAUAGGAUUAGACUGAUAACCUGCUUUUGCUCUUCUGCCCAGAAAGUAUUCAGAGUUAGGGCUAGCUAUUGUUUUUUAAACUGUGUCAAUGUCAUACUUGUCUUACAUGAUUAUUUUUAAACAGCUAAUUUAUAGUGUUUACAUAUAACCAAAAGAUUCCUUUCAAACAGUACUGUAAUAACUUCUGUAACUAAAGACAUCUUCUUGCAUUUCUAAGUUCAGGUAAA